GCCGCCAGUGACCUGCGGCUGUGGCGCAACCUUGUGGCGGCUCCGCUGACGGAGGAGUUCGUGUUCCGCGCCUGCAUGGUCCCGCUGCUCAGGAUGGAGGGCCUGAGCAACACGCGAGUGGUGCUGCUGACGCCGCUCUUCUUCGGAGCGGCGCACCUGCACCACGCGGGGGAGCUGGUACGGCACCAGCGGCUGAGCUGGGGGCGGGCUGCAGCCAUGGUCUGCUUCCAGAUGGCCUACACAACCGUGUUCGGUUGGCUCGCCACCUUCCUCUUCCUGCGCACAGGGCACCUGGCGGCGCCGCUAGCAGCCCAUGCCUUCUGCAACUGGGUGGGUUUCCCGCCGCUUGCCGACAUGGCAGCCCACCCGCGGGCGCCCAUGCUGCUGUUGGUGACGGCGGCGGGCGCGGCGGCGUUCGGGUUGCUGCUGCCUCGGAUGACAGCGCCACAGCGCUACCAGCAAGACUUUUACGGGGGGUGGUAAGUCAAAUGAGGAAUUGCGGAGAAGCACUGACCGUGGCCGUAGGAGGGCUAUAGGAGGGCCAUAGGCUGGGGGACGGCGAGGAAGGGAGAAGCAGGUAGGCGGACGGGCAAGAGGAGGAAGGCUUGGGAGUUUGGACACAGCUAGAAUGCGGGAGCCAAGGCAGCUUGCGUGGGUGUAUUACAGCAGUGGUGGAGCAGCGGUGAUCGUGUCAAGAGGUGUGAUGGUGGUGGUGGUGGUGGCGUGUGAUGGUGGUGGUGGUGGUGGCGUGUGAUGGUGUGCUGUGUGUGGCGGGGGGGUGCGCAUGGAGGCAGCAGGCGGCGUCGCAGCCGGGGGCUGCUUGCGGGGCCGAGCGUGAAGGAGACGACCUGGGCGGAGGUGCACGAAAGCGUGGCCGGGGAGUGGAAGAGGGGUCAUGUGCUGCUGGUGCUGGCGUCUGGAUGCAGUAGGUAGGGAAGGCGACGGCGUUUGGACACAGCAUGGCGGAUUGGAAGCAGCUGAGGGGCUUCCUAAGGCCGGGUAGAAUGCAGGAAGGAGGAAGGAAGGAUCGCUGGAAGGGUGUGCGUGCAGUGAGGGGCAUUUUACAAAGUUGUGAGCGGUUUAGGACUGUCUGGAGGUGGCAUGUGCGUUUACCGAUGGUGGUUGUUAAAGUCCCGGCAUGCGCACAGAGCAAGGAUCCGGGAGUCUGCGACCGAAAGGGACGCCGCAGGAACCCUAUUCCACGACAAGUUGGGUAAUCAGUCCUACAAUAAUUGUCUCCAGUAGCGACCUAGCGGCACGACAUUACGCGUUACAUUACGUGUGCUGUUGCGGUUGUUAACGGCAACAGGUCGCAACGGGUGUGUAUGGAAGCAGGUGUACGACAAGGGUGUCCUUUGGCGCCUUUGCUGUACUUGUUUGCUGCGCAAGCCCUUUUGUGUUGGUUACAGCACUGCCAGGUUGGUGUGGCGCUUGAUCCGUUGGAUUCCUCCCUUACCACAGCUGUUCAGUUUGCUGAUGACACUGAAGUGGUGUUGCGAGGGCCUGAUGCGGUGGGGGAUUUCCUCCAGCACAUGGAGACGUUUGCGAAGGCGUCGGGUCAACGCUUGAAUUUGGACAAGGUAGAGCUCUUGCCAAUAGGGGUUCAGACGGGUACUGAGGGGCAGCAGGUUAUUCAUGGAGUGUCGGUAGCUCGUACGGCAGUGGCGCUUAAUGUGCCUUUUACUAACUCGGACACGGUUCCGGGUCUUGACUGGAGCAAACGGUUUCAGGAAGCGGAGAACCGCUUACAGAAGUUGGCUCGCCUUCCACUUUCCAUUUUUGGUAGGGCUACCGGCGCAGCUGCUUAUGCUUUGCAUACGGUAACUUGGCACAUGGAGCAUUCCGGUUUGCCUCCGGGUGAUCAGUUGGACAACCUGGGGAGGUUGGUGGCUAAGUUUAUUGAUCGGCACCAGGGUCCGCAGGAUAGGGAGCGUCGUGCCACGGGUGUUCCGGGUAGGCUGUUAGCAGGUCACCCCAGGGCAGGGGGGUUUGGUGCCUUGCCUUUGAUUGAGCAUAUUCGGGCCCGUUUUGCUUGUUGGGGUGCCCGUUUAGUUUGUUCCGCCGUGAUGCCAAGGGAUUCCUUACAUCCCUGGCAGCGUGCUUUGCUUCUGUACCUUCGGCGGUUGCAUCCGGCUUUUGGUCCCCUAUCAUUGUUGACAGCGUCCAGGAGGGGGCCUUGGUUGGGUGUGGAUGGUUUGCCUGAGGAUAUUCGUCGGGUUGUGACUUCUAUGGCAAUUUUACCGCCAGUUACUGACAUUGGGUCGGAGCCUUUGGUACCGGGUAGCUGGUGUUGGGGUGUUCCGUUGUGGGGUAACCCUUUCUUGCCGGUUGGGCUGCCGGGCCAACCUGGUGUGUUGGGUUUGGAACACCACUAUCCGGUGCUCGUUCAUUGCCAUGCCCUGCGUUCAUUGGGUAUGUGUGUGGCUGCCCUGGCUCAACUUCGUUGUUUUGAGGACACGUGGGAUUCUGCGUUGUUGAACGGUGUGUCGGGGGUUGCUGAGGGCAGGGUGAUGGCGAGGUGCUGGUCCGCUCUUGUACGUCGGUUUUUGGACCCGGCGUCCCCGGAUGCCUGUGCUCUUUGUUCGUUGCCUAGGUGUCGUGAUCUUUUGACGUCUCUUGCGUCGUUGUUGGGUGCGGUGCCUGUGGCUUGGGUGGAGGCUGCUGAGACUUUUCUUGUUGAUGCCUUGCCGCCCCAACCUCCGCCGGCUUCUGAGGUUGAUGCUUGGCAGGUUUUGGUUCCACGUUUGGGGUGGCAGUUGCCUCAUGUUGGCGCCGUUCCUUUGAGGCAUCUGUCGGUUCGGAUGGCUACCGUUCUUCAGCUUGGGGGUGUGUUUGAGGAACGUGCUGGGUUGCAUGCGGCUUUUAUUCGGGAGGCCCUGGGGUUACCUGCUACCCAGCAGCUUCCUGAGGGUGUCUUGGAUGGCCUUCGUGAUUCUUUCCAGCGUCUUUGGUCGAUUCGUUGGGAGAAUGGUUUCAAGGAAGCGUUUUGGCGUCUUUCUAUUGAUGGGGUUCCCUUGCUGGGGAGUUCUCAUAUGUCUAGGGCUCGUCCGGAAUGUUGUGGUUGUGGGUCCGUUGUCUUGGGGGUGUCUCCGCGGUUGCAUUUUUUCUGGGCUUGUCCUGUUGCUCGUGCUGUGGUUGAGCAGCUUGAGGUCACGCUGGGUGUUGCGGUUCCUCGGGCUGCCUUGUGGUUGGCGUUGCCUCCUUCGGGCGUGCAGCAGUGCGUUUGGGAUGUUGUUGUUUUGGCUGCUUUGUCCGCUAUGGAGGAGGGUCGGCGGUUGUUACGGGCUCGUGUACGUGAGUCCGGUUCUGCGGGUGUUGUGCCUGGGCUUGCUGAUGUGGUGGCCCUGUCUGCUGUUUCCUGGUUCUGGGGUCAGCUUCGGGGUUUUGCUUGUUUGGGUGUUCCCCGUCGGGGAUGGGCUGGGGUUGGCCCUUCUCAUCCUUUCUUACGUAUUGUUGGCGGGCGGUUUUCUGUGGGCCGUUGAGCGUCCUGUUUUUGGCCCUGUUGUCUUUGGGGUGGUGUGUUCGUGGCUUCCGGUUUGGGUUGUCAUAUGCCCUAGAUGAGGUUUGUCGAGGUUUGCUGAGGGGCCUUUUGUGGCUUCUACCCUCUUGUUUCCCUCCUGAGGUUUCUUUUAGGGCUAUGUCUCCCAUCUUGUUGGCCCGUUGUGGUGCUGUCUCUACGGUUUGCUCCGUUUCUUUUGCAAUGUAGGGUUGGGUUCAUCACCCGUGUUCCCUUUUAGGGCACCAUUGUAACGGUCAUUCAUUCAUUACGCACGGCGCUGAGGUGCGUGCUUUAGUUAAGUCUGCCUAGCCCUACCUACCCAGCUAGGGUCCCACUUUUCUUCUGACCAGCGGCAUGUUCAUCCGAUCCAAUCUAAUCCGUAUUAACUUAAAUAAGUUUCAUGUACAGAUAUGUGGUAUCUGCGGCUCUGCAUGAGUUCACUACCCUCCUUACGACAUGUGUGAGCUAGGCAACAUCCCAAGGUUGUUUGCGUUGGUUUCCAAUAAGGAAGGUUGCGGAUACUAAAUGAUAUUUACGACUAAUCAUCCCGAAUACGGGCUGGGCUUAAGACGAUGUUUAAACAUUAGUAAGGGUGGCUAAGUGGGGCCAAAGUGGAC